GUCGCGGGGGACAGGACGGUGAUGGCGGAGCGUUGUCGACAGGUGCUGUGUCGUGCCUGAUACCGUUCUCCUCCCCUUGAUCGAAUGCAUGGUUGGGAUCUGGAAGUGCGCGAAGGAGAAGAGUGGUAGGAGUCGUUGCGGACACACAGACGCGUCUCUCGUUCCACGGCGUGCAGUUUCCCCGGCGCGGGACUGUUUACUUCCUCACGUCAACAAGCUUUCCACCAUCCUGCCACCCACCUGCGUCAAGCGAGACUCCCCACCACCCGCACGACAUUGAUGAUCCCUCAUCCCCGCCAUGCUGUAGACCGUCGCUGCGAACCACUGCGCAUCCGCAACCAUGCUGCACUGGCUCGCUGGCCAAAAGGCCCAUGACAACACCGCAGACCCGGACACCACCGGCUCCCUCGAUCCGCCAGAAACCCCAGCUCCAGUCUUCGCCGUACGCGCCUUCAAACAUGCCAUCUUCGGCACGCCCGCGACAGAGAAGCCCAAAGCCCCGCGAAGACACUCCAACACCGACAAUGCGCGAUCUGGUCAAGCCUCGCGCCCACGAAUGGUGCGGCCCCGCAGCACGAACGAUGCGACCACUUUAGCCAGACCCGACGAAGCGAUCGCCUCAGAGCCACUUCCUUCCCCUACUAAGGGAAUCUUGAUGACUCCGGGCACUGCAGGUGGCAAGCGCAAGACAGUGACCUUCCCAGACCACAUCAUCGACAACGAGUACAAGCGACCCACGAAGACGGGUUUACCAGAAGACUGUCCUGGGAAGUUCCCGAGUCCGUGGACGAAGGGGUCUGCCGACGCAGAGCACAUAGAGGACUCUACGCAGAGGUCGGGAGGAAGGUCAAAACUCACCGAAGCAUUGGAGCAAGCGCGAGAGGAUGGUUCGAGACGCAAAGUGCGCCUGGGCAGAGCAGAGAAACCGCAGGAAGAUUUGACCGCAGACCUGGCUGAACCCGUGUCUGACUCGGGAAGGUAUUGGAAGAGAGAACACGACAUCUAUCGUGAGAAGAGCACGGCCGAGGUUAAGAAGCUUGUUGCCAAACAGAAACUCGCGAAGAGCUAUGCGAAGGACAAGGACGAUGAGUGCCUCGACCUGCGAGACGAGCUUGAGCAGGAGAGACAAAUGGUCGAUAAGCUGCAGCGACGAACUGAAGAUCUCGAAGCACGAUUGAAGCAAUACCAAGAACUCCUGAAGCAAAGCAAGGAAGCAGAGGCAAGCGCAAAGGACGAGCUUGAUCGCAUCAAGCGCGGCUUCAGCGCAACGGGUUACAGACGACCAGUGGAAAGCGCCCCAAACCUGGGUCUCACGAGCAGGACAGAAACAGAACGGAAGCCUUGGCAAAGCUCAAGGCCGAAUGCAGCAAGCGUCGACACAACGACCAACGGCGAUCGACCAGCAUCUGACAAGCCGGAUCCGAUACCCUCAGAACAGCCGGACCCAAGGAGGCCCCGGCGGCGACCGCGUGAUGCUCAAAACAAGCCCCAGGACGAUAUCUGGGCGCCUUCAUCAACAGUAGACCGGCCGCAGCCAGAGCGGGGCAAUCGCGCAGUAACAAGCGGCACAGGAGUCACUCCUCUUCAAGCCCUCAGCAUCAAUACUGUACCCAAGGAUACCGUCUCGUUAGCCAUGUCCAUGGGCCUCAAACCUCCUACUUCGCCAAUUCGACCAGAAAAGCGCCAAGACUCGCCUCUCCAACAAGAUGAUGGAACAGCGGCAGAAGCUCAUCCACCACCGCCUCUUCCAAAAGACGAUAUCUCCAUCGUCAUUCCCUCAAGCCCCUUCGAUCCUGACGCAACAAUGACUAAGCAACAACCCCCUUCGCCAACGGUAGAAAGGUCUGUGCGGAAGGAGCUGCGUCGGACGACAGCUGCAUUGGAUACCAAGGAGAAUGUCUCGCCAACUGGUAGACCUAAAUCAAAGGAUGGCCCGGGACUGAAAGAGAAGCCUUCAGCGGCUUGGAGCGCGAUGAAUGCGCCUGUCCUGACUUCGACGGUGAUGACUUCUAAUGCAGCCAAUUUCGCUGCUAACGCGGCAGAAAAAGAGAAGGACAAGCGACAAAGAGCACUGGAGAAAGCGAGAGAGAGACUCGCGUCACGCGGAAGAAUAGUUUCGUGAUGAGUUAGAUACCCACAGUCCUCAGCAGGA